AUUACAUAAACUUAAAUAUGAACAAGACAAGUAUGAAGUUCGUCUGCGCUCUGUACAAGAUCAUCCAGAUGUUUGAUGACACUAACUCAAUCCAUAAUGGUACUUCGUCACAGAAUAGUGAUGAGACGGCAGAUAGUGUUGGUAGUACGGCUAAGGAUGGAGAUAUGAAGUUUGAAGUGUCUGAACCUAAUGAUAGGAAAGUGUUUGAGGGUAUCAAAGCGUACUCUUGUGAAAGCCUGACAGAGCCACAGAUUCGAAGAAUUAGAUUAAUGAAUUCACUCUUUAUAUUAAGCAAGGGUUUAGAGAACUACAAGGAGUGUAUGAUCUCUAGCCUUGUGUAUCUAGACAAGCUUACUCAAAACGAUUUUGAUAUCACAAGUCAGAACUUGAACUGGAUAGUCCUGUGUUGUAUCUGAAUUGCCGAUAAAUUGUUUAACGACUCUCCUAUCGCGAAUAGAGUAUAUGCCUUCAAAGCAAACAUUCGUUUGGAAAAGUUUAACCGGCUAGAAACGAAGAUUUUGAAGAAAUUGCAGUUCAAUGUAAAUAUUUCCCCUUCUCAGUACCAUCUUUACAAGGAAGAACUUGGAAAUUUCUGCGAAAAUAGGACCAAAGAUCUUGAGAAGCUAUAUCAGGAUUAUAAACACGACAAAAGAGAGCUUAAAAAGGUGAAGGAGAACAUAUCCAUUCAACAGCUAUAUUGUAAGACAAGGAGAGAGCAUUAUUCUAGCGAGAAUAACUACUCAGACCCUGAUAUGUCAGAGGCAAUGACUAAGGUCUCCCAGGGGUUCUUUUCAACUAAUUUCCAUGAGAAUGCUGAAAAGUUCAGAUUCGAGUCAUAUGAUUCUAAUAUCCUUGAUGAAAUAUGAACUGGGACUAAGGUUUACAGAAGCAGGUCACAGACAUCCUUGACAAGUCAGCUAAAGGAGUAG